UUUACUAAAAAGUAGAGUAAUAUAAUAAGUUUGGUUCUCAUUUAGAGAUUUUACUGUGCGCUGCAAUGCUAUAAAAAAAAAUCAAGUCAAGCAGGUCGGUGGUCGAGUUCAGUCAGUUGCAAUAACACUGGCACUGGCAGACCCACAGUCAGCGUACAGUACAGUCACUAGUCAGUGACCGAAACAAAUCGCGGGUGGAGAGUCGCUACCUUGCGCUAAAAAUACUAUUAUCGAAACAGCCGGCUUUAAAAAACAAGCAUCCAACUUGGAUUUCUGUGACAAGCAUGAAACAAAGUUAAAACAAAAAGCAAGCUGCGUCUGUGAUUAGACCUGCGCUUCUAUUUUCGAAUUAUGUUUUGUCUGUAUUUUGAUAAAUAAGAUUUAUUUGUGAUUCGCGGUAUUCUCGCGGGUUCCGUGUUGUGUAGAAUAAAACUGUGUUUGUAAUGAAAGGAUGUUAUUAACGUUUAUUGAACAAAUAUCGUUGGAGGUGUUUUGAAAUUGGAUGGGAUUGCACUACUGUGGUGUCUCGUCGGUGUGAUGGUGCGGGCGGCAGUGCUUCUGCUGGCGGUAGCACUGUGCCGCGCCGCCACACUCGACUCCGAGCUCGGCGUCGGCAAGUCCAUCAACAUAUUCAUGAGAUAUGGCUACCUCAGCAUAUGCAUGCGUGUGGUGCCACGCAACGACACAGACGGCUGGGUGUUCCGGGAGCCAACUGUCAGCGUUUUCCGAGACGUGGAGCGAUUCGUCGUGGCGCCCAAACCGAGACAGGCGAAGACGCUGUUCGACGGAGACUUUCAUAUGGAGUUCUGCGAUAACUUGAAGCAGCUAUUGCAGGCGUACUUUAGGGAUUUUAGCUUUGAAAGGUUAGAGCGGCCAUGGCGGGCUUUCACGGCGGGCUGGCCCACGGAUAUAAUGGCCCGCAACCUCGGCAUCAACUCCUCCUUUAUCAAUGGAGACCACUGCUAUGUUCUCGUGAGGGUAUCUAGGUUCCGAGAAACUGCAAAACUAAAAGACCUACCCACAAACAUAGCAGUAGAAGACGUAGUAUACGAAGCGAUAGACGAGACCACUUUAGGAGACACAGUAUCCAUAGCAGACUUCGUGCGCAAAUACGGCUCGCACUACAUAGCAUCGUACAUCACGGGUAACUCGUUAUACCAGGUGUUUGUGUUCUCUAGAACCGCAUACUCUAUGAUCAAAGAAAGGCUUAAAAGCAAGGGAGUGGCGGAUAUCACUGCUAAGGAGUUGGAAGGGUACUUCUCACCCUGGCAGGCCAAGCAUAUUGGACAAAUUAAGGUGGCCAGUGGUAACAAAACAGUAGAGAGUUGGGCGAUGAAACGCCUAAGGGUACAUUACUACAUAUUCUCGUACCCAAGUUUACUGAAACUACACGGGGAACCGACUCUACUAAGAAACUUAGACUCUUUACUAGGAAAUGAAGCUUUAUUACAAUUAGAAUUAAAGACAUUAUCGCCUGCAUUCAAAGACGCGAAGAAAAAAAAGUGGUUCGAGGAAGUGAUAGACAAUUAUUUGAAGUUAUGGGAGAGUAAUAUGUGAUAAUGGUUAUAGACCACAGAAAUCAAAAUAAGUAUAGAAGUGUUAAUGGAACGUGAAAUUGUCACCACGCUAUGUGUAGCAGAAGAUCAGUGCACAUUACUGUAAGCAGAGACGUUUUUGCGUAUUUAUUUUUAUAGAUUUACGUUGUAUUCUUGAAAGAUUAAUGUAUGAAACUAAACAUCGACAACACACUGUCCAGAUAUUAAUAUAAAACAAUAGAUAAUAUUUCUAUAACCUUAUUUUAGAAUUCUGUGUUAUAGGCCAAUUAGCCUAGAACUUGACAUAAAAGUGACUAGAGUGAUGCUAGGCUUAGUUAAUUUAAACAAUUGAUAUUGAAUUUUGUAAAAGACAAUGAUUGGAAGAAAAAAUGGUGCAAAAAAUUGCACAAAAAAUCGAUUUUCGAUUGCGUCCAUCUGAUCCACAUUGGAAUUGAGUGAUUGAAUGCCAAUAAAUUAAUUAUUUUGAGGAAUUGAUAGGUACUAAUCAAAA